AUGUCAGAAUUUGAAUUGGAGUUUGAUGAACAGAAAAUCAUUGAUAAAGGAAAAGGAAAAGAAGUUUUAGUCGAUUCGCCGAUUACCAAUAAGGCGGAGAUAGGUGAAGAAAUGGGGGAGCCACCUUCUGGUGGUGAAACCCUUGGAGAAUAUCCUGAAUCCAGUGACGAGGAAGAAAACGAUGACGACGAUGACGGGGUCGAAGGAGCGUCUUCCUCGACAUCAAAUAGAUAUGAGCUUAGCCGAAAAGAGGAAGAAUUUUUAGAAAAGGAUCGAUCUCUAUUGGAAUUUCUCUUAUUAUUGGACAAUUACGAACCUCUCAAAUUCCUAGCAGACAUCGCUACAGAUGCAUUUCAAUAUUGCAAAAUUCGGCAACAAAGUAAAAAGAAUGUCGGAAAGGGAAUAAAAUAUUGCCCGGGGACUAAUUACUUUUUCCUUGAAUUAACCAACGAACUUCAGCAGCGCAACAAAACGGUACUGACUCUGGAGGAUCUUACCGCCGCAUUAUCAGAAUAUGGGGUUAAUAUUAAGAAGCCUGAUUAUUAUCGCGCAUGA